AUGUCACUCUGGGUAGAUAAAUACAGACCAAAAAAACUCGAGAAUCUCUCGUAUCAUGAAGGAAUUACGAAGUCAUUGGGUGCCUUGGCCAGCACUGGAGACUUUCCCCACUUGCUAGUGUAUGGACCCAGUGGAGCAGGUAAAAAGACACGGAUCUACUCGACAUUGAACGAGUUGUUUGGUGCCCAAGUGGAGAAAUUGAAGAUUGAUGUGAAGACCUUCACCACGUCAUCCAAUAGAAAACUUGAGUUCAACGUUUUGAGCUCGCCGUACCAUUUGGAGAUUACUCCAUCGGAUAUGGGUAAUAAUGACCGUGUGGUGAUCCAGGAUUUGUUGAAGGACGUCGCUUCUACAGAGCAGGUGGACUUUUCCAACCAGGCAAAGCUGGCUACAAAGCACAGAUUCAAGGUUGUGGUGAUCAACGAGGCAGACUCGCUCACAAGAGAUGCUCAGGCUGCCUUGAGAAGAACCAUGGAAAAGUACCUGUCCAAUAUCCGGUUGAUCAUGGUGUGCAACACCAUAGCCAAUAUUAUUGCUCCCAUCAAGUCAAGAACACUUUUGGUUAGGAUUCCAGCUCCCACAGAUGGCGAAAUUGCCAGCAUAUUGCUGAACAUCGCAGCCAAGGAAAAUCUCAAGUUCUCGUCCAUCAGUGAAGAUGCCCAGGAGCAAUAUUUCCGUACUAUAGCUCAGGCCAGCGACCGCAACUUACGCCGGGCGUUGUUGAGCUUCGAGACGAUUAGCAUGCAAAAUGAAACCAUUCCAGUAGACAAACCAGAGACAACCAUCAUCAAUUUGGACUGGGAGGUGAUUAUCCGAAACAUCGCCCGGUCAAUGUCCAGAGAGAAGACGGUGGCCAACUUAGCCAAGUUAAGAGAGACCUUCUAUGAGUUGUUAUCGCACUGUAUACCAGCCCGACUCAUAUUGAAGACUUUGGCAUUGGAAUUGAUGAACGGAGUUGAUCCUACUCGGGCCAGGGCCCUUAUUGAAAUUGCGGCGGUGUUCGACGAGCGCUUGAGUCUUGGGCAAAAACUGAUUUUCCAUUUGGAAGGUUUUGCUGCUAAGGCCAUGGUGGCCAUGUCUUAG